GCCUCAGUGUCGCAGCCGCGAGAGCAAAGCUUUGCUCAUCAUCUCCAUCUUCUCUGUAGCUCUGUUCAGAUAAGCCAUGGUGAAACACAAUAACGUUAUCCCUGGGGAGCACUUCAGGAAGCACUGGCAGAACUAUGUCAAGACCUGGUUUAACCAGCCAGCAAGGAAGACCGCUGGUGAUUCUGCAGCAGAGGAGCUAGCAAAUGCAACCCAACUCCAGGGUCCUCUCUUGGCAAUUCAACAGGAGAAACCAGUCACUGAGCUCGUGAAGGUCACCGCAGAUAUGAAGAAAGUCAAUGCAUAUGACAAGCUUCGUAUUGAGCGGGUCAAUGUCCGUCAUGUUGGAGCCAGGGCUAAGAGGGCAGCUGAGGCUGAGAAGGAAGAAAAGAAGUAG